UGGUCAACCGUCAAAACCGCGAGAGUUAGUUGCUUAAGAGCUUCAAUCACAACUUUUAACGGAGCUCUGAAGUUCCAGAUAAAACCCUAGCACAACAAUAAGAACGAACGAACAAGAACAACAAAAAUGGCGACGACUCCAAUUCCUACUGACACAUUCAAGGUUGGCUUUAUCGGAGCUGGGAAAAUGGCGGAAAGCAUUGCUAGAGGUGUUGUUAAAUCUGGCAUUUUGCCUCCUUCCCGUAUUUGUACCGCUCAUCUCGGCCUUCAACGUCGUCAAGCUUUUCAAUCAUUCGGCGUCACCGUCUUUGAUCACAAUGAUCAGGUUGUUGAAGAUUGUGACGUGGUUAUUUUCUCUGUAAAACCCCAAAUUGUUAAGGAUGUAGUAUUACAAUUGAGACCAAAGUUUUCAGAGAAGCAGCUGCUGGUAUCAGUUGUUGCCGGAACAAAAUUGAAGGACUUGAAGGAAUGGUCUGGGCAGAAUCGUUUUAUUAGGGUAAUGCCUAAUACUCCUGCUGCUGUUGGAAUGGCCGCAUCAGUGAUAAGUGUUGGGGGAGGGACAGCUACUGAAGAGGAUGGUGAACUUAUUGCAAGUUUAUUUGGAUCAAUUGGCAAGGUCUGGAAAGCUGAAGAGAAAUUAUUUGAUGCAAUUACUGGUCUUAGUGGAAGUGGCCCAGCAUAUAUAUUUCUGGCCAUUGAAGCCUUGGCCGAUGGAGGAGUUGCUGCAGGUCUUCCACGAGAACUUGCCAAGGGUUUAGCUGCUCAAACAGUUCUUGGAGCAGCAUCGAUGGCGGUUAAUAGUGGAAAACAUCCUGCUCAGCUCAAAGACGAUGUUGCAUCACCUGGAGGCACAACAAUUGCUGGCAUUCAUGAGUUGGAAAAAGGUGGAUUUCGAGGCACCUUGAUUAAUGCUGUUGUGGCUGCUGCAACGCGUGGUCGAGAACUUUCCCAGGGCUAAGUUUAUCAAGGAUAGAUCUGUGAAUUGUUUCUGUAAGAGGGCCUGCAGGCUGUAUUGUUGCCUUACUCAUUUUAGAUGCUACAUACCAGUUUGUCUAUUCAUUUGGCCGAAUGCUUGGAAUUUUGUUCACCUCCAGCAUCUCAAUUUAUGCAACAUAUUAGUAUAUUUUGGUUUCAUUCUUUGAAA